CAACACAACAGCCAUGGCCUAAACUCAAUAAUCAACAACAAAUAUCCAAUCAUCGAUCAACAAUCAACAAUCUUCCCCCCUAACACAUUCACUCACUCACUCUGUCACACUCUCUUGCAACAAAAAGCUCUUCCUCUCACAACAAAUUGCUUUGCAUUUUCUUUGGAAAUUGUUGGAAAAUAAUCAAAAUCAACAACAACAACAACAGUUAUUGAGCAACAUAAAUAAGAGAGGAAAAAUCAAAAAAUAAAAGGCUUUGGGUUUUUUCAAAUGUAUUUUAUGAAUUUUUUUGGGCACGUAAAAAGUAAUUGCAACAAUACACCAACCAAAAACAACAACAAAUCAGGUGUCAAAUGUGAUGUGUGACUAAAACUUAAUCAAACUAACUUACUAACAAACAAACGAGGAACAAACAAAAAACAAAACUGAAGAAACUAAAGUGUAAAAAGUGGGAAAACAAUUUGCGGCAUUUAAAUGCCAGGCCUUAGCCACAGAUUUAUUGGCAUUACCAACACCAAAAACAACAACUGCAACACUUGCAACAACAACAACAACAACAAUUGACAGUCGAAUCUUUGGAGGAAAGCCCACGAAUGCAGCCAACAUUGCCACAAGCCGCUGGGACAGCCGAUAUGGAUCUGACGGCUGUUCAAUCAAUCAACGAUUGGUUUUUCAAAAAGGAGCAAAUUUAUUUAUUGGCACAAUUUUGGCAACAGCGCGCUACCCUUGCCGAGAAGGAAGUGAACACACUCAAGGAGCAACUGUCCACCAGCAAUACGGAUCCCGCCAGCGGCAGCAUCCACAGCGAGAGCGACAACAGCCACAACCACAACACAGGAGCGUCAGCCGCAGGAGCAGCAGAAGGGGAAUCAGGCGCACAGGAGGUCGAGGAUUCGGAUCUGGAAUUGGCCAGCGGAGGCGCUGGAUCGGGAUCUGGCCAUCAGCUGAACAGCUCCAUUGUUGCAGCGGCCAUCACGCUGCAGCAGAACGGCGGCAAUCUGCUGGCCAACACCAACACGCCGUCGCCCUCGCCGCCGUUGCUCAGCGCCGAGCAGCAGCAACAGUUGCAGAGCAGCCUGCAGCAGAACGGUGGUGGUGUCGGCGGCGCCUGCCUCAACCCGAAGCUCUUCUUCAAUCACGCCCAACAAAUGAUGAUGGAGGCGGCGGCAGCUGCCGCAGCAGCAGCAGCAGCGGCGGCGGCGGCUGUCCAACAGCAGCAGCAUCAGCAUUCGCCUCUGCAUUCCCCAGCAGCGGAGGCAGCAGCCGCAGCGUCGGCUGUGGGACCCACAGAUCAUCAAACGGUGGCCACCGAGGCCACUGCCACCACCACCACCCACACAGCCACCACCAACACCACCAGCAGCAGCAGCAACAACACCACCACCAACAGUAGCAGCGGCAGCGGCAGCGGCAGCAGGAGCCGCGGCAGCCACCUCCACAACGAGGAUGAGGAGCAGGACGAGGACGAUGAUGAGGACGAUGAGGAGGAGAACGCCUCCAUGCAGUCGAAUGCAGCGCAUUUGGACGAUGAUGACGAUGACAUGGAGCUGGAGCCCCAUCAGUCCCUGGAGGCCAUCGAAUCUGCGGCAAGAACUGAACCACACCAACAGCAGCAGCAGCAGCAGCAGCAGCAGCGGCAGCAGCAGCGGCAGAGGCAUGCGGCGACUGGCGAUCUGGAGGAGGUGUCUGCUGUGGCGGCUGCUGGCGACUCGGAGCCUGUGGCAGAUGAUGAGGAAGCUAGUUUAAAUGUUAGCAAUAAUCACAAUACCGAUAGCAAUAAUAGUUGUAGUCGAAAGAACAGCAACAGCAACAGCGUCGGCCCGGGUGUGGCAAUGCGUGAUAGCAAUGAUGAUGAUGAUGAUGAUGAUGAUGUGGACGAUCCGCAUGUGGCGGCAUCGGUUCACAGUGCCGAGGAUGAUGACUGCACCAACAACAAUACCAGCAACAACAACAACAACGGCGAGAAGCAGCGCAGGAAGCGCAACAACAACACAAACAGCAACAGCAGCAAUCAGCCCGCUGUGCAAAUUGCUGCCAAAGACAAAGAGAUUAAAGCACUUCUCGAUGAGCUGCAGCGCCUGCGUGCCCUGGAACAGACGCAUCUGGUGCAGAUCCAGCGCUUGGAGGAGCAUCUGGAGGUGAAGCGGCAGCACAUUAUGCGCCUUGAGGCACGCCUCGACAAGCAGCAGAUCAAUGAGGCGCUGGCCGAGGCCACGGCCUUGGCUGCCGCCGUCAAUGCGGCUGCCAGCAACAACAACAACAGCCAGAGCAGCGACAACAACAAGCUGACUGCCACCUCGCCACUAGAGGCAGCAGCUGGAGCUGGAGCUGGAGCAGCAGCAGGCAACGACCUGAAUGCCAGCCAGGCCUCAGUCCAGGCUGAGGACGAUGACGAGGAGGAGGAGGAGGAUGACCACCAUCAGGCCAUGCACGUGGACAACGAUGAGGGAGAAGAGGCCGCCGCCACCACCAGCACCCACCAGCAGCAGGUCGACGAGGAGGACGAUGAUGAGGAGGAUGACGAGACCGAGGAUCAGGAGCAUCAUCAAGCGGCCAUGUCAAACCAAGCCACAGCCAACGCAGACAGCAGCGAGCUGAAAAUCAAAAAGGAACAGCACAGUCCCUUGGAUCUGAAUGUUCUGAGUCCCCAGUCGGCCAUUGCGGCCGCGGCCGCUGCCGCAGCUGCCGCCGCCUGUGCCAACGAUCCCAACAAAUUCCAGGCUCUGCUCAUGGAGCGGACCAAGGCCCUGGCCGCCGAAGCCAUCAAGAAUGGUGCAGCCGGCGGCAGUGACGCUGCCAAUGCGAUCAGCGAAGAGAUGCCGCCGCCAGCAGAAGAGGUCAACGCCUCCUCCGACUCCGACUCCGGCUCCGCAGGAGCAGCACCUGCAGCAGGAGCCGCAGGCGCCGCCGUUGCAUCCCAAAACCCAAAUGAAAGCGAAACGCAUGAAAACGAAACGGAAACGGAUGCUGCUGAGGCAAACGAUGAGCAGGCGGCCAUCACGCGUCCAAAGCAAGAGCUCGAAGACGACAAUGAGAAUGAGAACGAGGAUGACGAUGAUGAUGAGGCGAUCUUGCAGCCGCCCGCCACGCUUGAAGAGCAGCUGGUCAACAGCUACUGGCGACGCGGCUUCGAGAGUGCCAGCCCACUGCCGCCCAAGCCUGCCACAACAGCUGCCACCAUGCCACAGCCGCAGCCAGGGAGCAAAACGCCAACAAUUUAUCAAAAUGUUAAUGCGGGGCAGCAGCCACAGUUGCUGCCGCCACCGCCGCCACCACCGCCAACCUUGCAACAACAACAACAACAACAUUAUCAACAACAACAACAACAACAGCAGCAGCAGCAGCAUGGACCCUCGUCCACAGCGUUGCUCAGUCAAUUGGUUAACUCCACUUUCUCACAUGCCAAUCACUCCUCCUCCUCCUCUCGCCUAGAUGCCGGCUCCCAUCCGCACCACCACCACCAGCAGCAACCACAGUCGCUGCAUCAGCAUCAGCAGCACCACCAGCAGCAGCAGCACCACCACCUCCAGCAACAGUCGCAGCAGCACAACAGCAGCGGCAGCAACAGCAGCAGCUGCAAUUCGGGUCCUGGCAGCACCACCGAUGGCGCCCUCAACCACCAUCACGCGCACGGACAUGGCCACCAUUUGGUGGGCCACAAUCCGCACGGCCUGCCCCACGGGCAUCCGCAUGGACAGCUGCUGCAUCCGGCAGCGGCCCACCACCUGCACCACGCCGACUCCAACUCCUCCAGCGCCAACAGCACACCCAGCAGCACCGCCCAGCUGGCGGCCAGCCUGGCCAGCACCCUCAAUGGCAGCAAGUCCCUGCUGCAGGCAGCCGCUGCCGCCAAUGCCGCUGCCGUGGCAGCCGUCGCCGAGGACAACAACAACGGCCUGACGCCCAAUGCCAAUGCAGCGGCAGCAGCAGCGGCCAUGGCCGCUCACGCCCAGCAUGCGGCGGCCCUGGGACCGGGCUUCCUGCCCAGCCUGCCGGCCUUCCAGUUUGCCGCCGCGGCGGCCGCCAAUCAGGAUGCGCGCGGCCACUAUCGGUUCGCGGACGCGGAGAUGCAACUGCCGCCGGGUGCCUCGAUGGCCGGCCGCCUGGGCGAGUCGCUGAUACCCAAGGGCGAUCCCAUGGAGGCCAAGCUGCAGGAGAUGCUGCGCUACAACAUGGACAAGUACGCCAACCAGGCCCUGGACACGCUGCACAUCUCGCGCCGUGUGCGGGAGCUGCUCUCCGUGCACAACAUCGGACAGCGGCUGUUCGCCAAAUACAUACUCGGCCUGUCGCAGGGCACCGUCUCGGAGCUGCUCAGCAAACCGAAGCCCUGGGACAAGCUGACGGAGAAGGGACGCGACAGCUACCGCAAGAUGCAUGCCUGGGCCUGUGACGAUAACGCCGUCAUGCUGCUCAAGUCGCUGAUACCCAAGAAAGAUUCGGGACUGCCACAGUAUGCGGGACGUGGCUCGAGCGGCGGCGGCGGCGGCGAUGACUCCAUGUCGGAGGAUCGCAUCGCACACAUCCUGAGCGAGGCCUCGUCGCUGAUGAAGAGCACAGCCGCCCAGCAGCAGCGCGAGCAGCAGGAUCAGCACAGCAACGAGGACAGCAAGUCGCCGCCACAGAGCUGCACAUCGCCGUUCUUCAAGGUGGAGCAGCAGCUGAAGCAGCAGCAGCAGCAGCAUCGCGACCAGCAGCACAUGGCCUCCGAGCAGCGGGACGCCGUGGUGGCCGCCGCCCAGCAGCAGCACCAGCAGCACCAGCAGCAGCGGGAGCAGCGCGAACGGGAGCGCGAGCAGCAGCAGCGACUCCGCCACGAGGAUCUGGCCCAGGACAAGAUGGCACGACUCUACCAGGAGCUGAUAGCCCGCACACCACGCGAGGCAGCCUUCCCCAGCUUUCUGCUGUCGCCAUUCUUUGGUGGUGCCGCCGGCAUGCCCGGCGCGGCCAAUGCAUUCCCAGUUCCCGACGAGAACAUGCGCCACGCCUUCGAGCGGGAGAUCGCCAAGCUGCAGCAGCAGCACCAGCAGCAGCAGCAGCAGCAGGCGGCCCAGGCGCAGGCCCAGGCCCAGGUCCAGGCCGUGUCCGGCUUCCCCAACUUCUCCAGCCUGAUGGCGCUGCAGCAGCAGGUGCUCAAUGGCGCCCAGGAUCUCUCGCUGGCCGCCGUCAAGGACAUCAAGCUGAACGGACAGCGCGGCUCGCUGGAGCACAGCAGCAGCAGCUCCAAGGACGGCGACCGCGACGAUCCGCGCGACUAUCCGCAGUCGCUGCAUGGCCGCAAGUCCGACACACCGGCCCCACCCGCGCCCCCAGCUCCGCCCGCGGGCAGUGCCGGCAGUGUGCCCGGCUCGGCCAACAGCCUCUCGAGCGUCCGCGAUGGCGGCGUGGGCGCCGGCGCCGGCGCCGGCUCCGUUGGGGCCGGCAGUCAUGCCAGCAACUCGGCCGCACCCAGUCCGCUGAGCAACUCCAUCCUGCCGCCGGCGCUGAGCAGCCAGGGCGAGGAGUUCGCGGCCACCGCCAGCCCACUGCAGCGCAUGGCAUCCAUCACGAACUCGCUGAUCACACAGCCGCCGGUGACGCCGCACCACAGCACACCGCAGCGGCCCACCAAGGCCGUCCUGCCGCCCAUCACGCAGCAGCAGUUCGACAUGUUCAACAACCUCAACACGGAGGACAUUGUGCGCCGCGUGAAGGAGGCUCUGUCCCAGUACAGCAUCUCGCAGCGGCUGUUCGGCGAGUCGGUGCUGGGCCUGUCGCAGGGCUCCGUGUCCGAUCUGCUGGCACGGCCCAAGCCCUGGCACAUGCUCACCCAAAAGGGGCGCGAGCCCUUCAUACGCAUGAAGAUGUUCCUCGAGGACGAGAACGCGGUGCACAAGCUGGUGGCCAGCCAGUACAAGAUUGCGCCCGAGAAGCUCAUGCGCACCGGCAGCUACUCCGGCAGCCCCCAGAUGCCGCAGGGCCUGGCCAGCAAGAUGCAGGCCGCCGCCCUGCCCAUGCAGAAGAUGAUGAACGAGCUGAAGCUGCAGGAGCCCGCACAGGCGCAGCACAUCAUGCAGCAGAUGCAGGCGGUGGCCAUGUCCGCGGCCAUGCAGCAGCAGCAGCAGCAGGCAGCCGCCGCCGCCGCCGCAGCCGUGGCCGCACAGCAGCAGCAGCAGCAGCAGCAGAGCCAGCACCAGCACCCCCAUCAGCAUCCACAUCCGCAUCCGCACACGCACCAGCAGCAUCAGCAGCACCAGCAGGCAGCCGCAGCCGCCCAGGCAGCCGCCGCGCUCCACCAUCAGAACAUGCUGCUCACAUCGCCGGGCCUGCCGCCGCAGCAUGCCAUCAGUCUGCCGGCCUCGGGCGGCGGCGCCGGCUCCUCUGUGGUCUCGCAGCCUGGCGGCCAGGGCAGCGCCGGCGGACCCUCGGGGCCACCGUCGGGUGGCGAGAAGAAGCCCAUGCUGAUGCCGGUGCACGGCGGGGCACAUGCGCCCAAUGCGAUGCGCAGCCUGCACCAGCACAUGUCGCCCACCGUGUACGAGAUGGCGGCACUCACGCAGGACCUGGACACGCACGACAUCACCACGAAGAUCAAGGAGGCGCUGCUGGCGAACAACAUUGGCCAGAAGAUCUUUGGGGAGGCGGUGCUGGGCCUGUCGCAGGGCUCCGUGUCGGAGCUGCUGAGCAAACCGAAGCCCUGGCACAUGCUCUCGAUCAAGGGCCGGGAGCCGUUCAUCCGCAUGCAGCUGUGGCUGAGCGACGCCAACAAUGUGGAGCGGCUGCAGCUGCUCAAGAACGAGCGGCGGGAGGCGAGCAAGCGGCGCCGCAGCACCGGACCCAACCAGCAGGACAACAGCAGCGACACCUCCAGCAACGACACCAACGACUUCUACACCAGCAGCCCCGGACCCGGCUCCGUGGGCUCCGUGGGCGGUGCGCCGCCCAGCAAGAAGCAGCGCGUCCUCUUCUCCGAGGAGCAGAAGGAGGCCCUGCGGCUGGCAUUCGCCCUCGAUCCGUAUCCCAAUGUGGGCACCAUCGAGUUCCUGGCCAACGAGCUCAGCCUGGCCACGCGCACCAUCACCAACUGGUUCCACAACCAUCGCAUGCGGCUCAAGCAGCAGGUGCCGCACGGCCAGCCCGGCCAGGACAAUCCCAUACCGAGUCGCGAGAACACCAAUGCGACGCCCUUCGACCCCGUCCAGUUCCGCAUCCUGCUGCAGCAGCGACUCGUCGAGCUGCACAAGGAGCGCAUGGGCUUGGGCGGUGCGCCCAUACCCUACCCACCGUACUUCGCGGCGGCCGCCCUGCUCGGCCGCAGCCUGGCGGGCAUACCGGGCGCGGCGGCCGCUGCUGGCGCUGCUGCUGCUGCGGCGGCUGUGGGUGCGGCCGGCGUCGGUGUGGGGGACGAGCUGCAGCUGCAGGCCCUCAAUCAGGCGUUCAAGGAGCAGAUGAGCGGCCUGGAUCUGUCCAUGCCGACGCUGAAGCGCGAGCGCAGCGAUGACUAUCAGGACGACCUCGAGAUGGACGCCAGUGGCCACAACAUGAGCGACAACGAGUCGCUCGAGGGCCAGGAGGCGGAGGACAAGGCCGUCUCCGAGUACGAGAAGGUCCUGCAAAAGUCCGCCCUCGCCUCGGCGGCUGCCGCCUACAUGAGCAACGCCGUGCGCAGCUCCCGCCGCAAGCCGGCGGCGCCCCAGUGGGUGAAUCCCGCUGGCACCACCACACCCAAUGCGGGCCUGGCAGCCGCAGCCGUGGCAGCGGCCGCAGCGGCCGCCGCUGUGGCGGCCCAGGCCGGCGCGGGCAGCGACAGUGAGCGCAUCAUCAACGGUGUCUGCGUGAUGCAGCAGGGCUCCUCCGACUAUGGCCGGGACGAUGCUGACGGCAAGUCCGUGGAGGCUGGCGGCAAUGACUCGGAGCAUGAGCACGCCCAGCUGGAGAUUGACCAGCGGUUCAUGGAGCCCGAGGUGCGCAUCAAGCAGGAGGAGGACGACGACGAGGAGGAGGACCAGCAGCAGCAGCAGCUGGAUGGCGGCCUCGAUUGCGAGGCGAGCGAGGCGGAGAAGAAGCUGAAGGUGAUCAACGAGGAGAAGCUGCGUCUGGUGCGCGUCAGUCGCCUGAGCACCGGCCAGGGUGUCGUCGACUCUGAGGAGUCAGCAGCGAGCUGUGUCGCCGCCGCAGUGGCCGGUGGCAGCGGGACAGUGGCAGCCGCCGCCCAGGCGGUAACCAGUGCCGCGCCAGCCGCUGCGUGGAACUACUAGGACAGUGCAAUGAUCAACGAUGGAGCAGAUGGAGUUCGAGAUGGAGUUCGAGAUGGAGACGACCGUUUACUUGUGAUUAAGUUUGGAUGUUUAGACCUAGACGUAGACCUAGACCCAGGACUCGCCUCGAGCGGGCUAGAUAUACAUAAAUAUCGGAUACAUAAAUAGCACCUAGAACGUAGAGAACUCUAUAAACAUAAACAUAUAUUUUUUUUUGUUUUUUUUAAUCAUAUUUACGUACAAUAUAAAAUACGAUACGGAUACAAUACCCAUGGGAGUUAGGAUAGCAGCGUAGCCUUAGGUGUCUGGCUUUUGCCCGGAGUUGUAAUAAUUGUAGCUAAAAGUUUAGAGACGCUAUGCGAGGAGCGCAAAAGUAUUAAAAUCACCCAUGAAGUCCCAUAAGGCCCCUCCCCCCAACUACCCCAAAACAAAGCAAAGCAAAACAAACGAAUAAGAUAACAGGAGAGGAAGAAGGCCCCCACUGACUUGCCCAAGAACUUUAACCAAAAGCCAAGAUCCAAUGAUAGCGAAAGAGAUCUUGCAAAGAUUUUUUUUGAUUUGUUUCUACUUGAAGACUGUAAGCGAAGGCGGUAGGACGGAUGGAUGGAUAACUGCGUACAUAAGUAUAUGCAGAUAUGUCCAUGCAUCACUUUGUGUUUGUCGAUCUAUUAUUACCACAAUUACGAUUAUGAUUACACGAUUAUGAUAAUGAUAAUGAUAAUGAAUAUGAAUAAUGAUAGGGCACUAGGGCUCUAUGCACCUUGUUCAAUGGUUGGAGUGUAAAUACGGACUAAGACGAACCCUGGAGAUGCCGCUCUGUACAUAGGACUCCUCGCGAGGCAUGAUCUUUCCUUCGUUACUUCGUUCUUCCUUCGUACUCCAGCAGAUCUUCCCCUCAGUCCCCCGACUUGUUAAACUAUCUUUUGAUCUCAAGCAAAACACACACACAAAACGAACGGAGAAACGACAAACGAGAAACGAGAAACGAGAAGCAAUUAAGAAACGAAAACCCAAAGUAAAAGAUAGUUGAAGGCAAGCAACAUUGCAGCGAGGAAAAUGUUUUCGCCCUUUACCCUUUACCCUUUUUUUUUAACAUAUUUUUUUCUCUUUUAUAUAUAAAUAAAUAUUUGUUGAAUAAAAGUUCAGUGAGCGGAAGGGAAGCGAAAUGUGAGGAAGGGUUUAAAAGUUGAGAGGAGAAAAGUGAAAAACGUAAAAUAUAUAACAAUAAAUUUUGUAAAUUUUGAAUUUACAUAAAAAAUCAAACACACACAUACACACAUACACACACACACCCCCACACCAACACACACAAUGAUAAAAAAUUGAAUAAUUCAUAAUUAUAGCAAAAGUAAAACCGCAAAAUGCACUAAAUUAUUAUUUAUAAUCUACUUACUCUAUAAAUAAUUAUGCAUAAAUACAUACAUACGCAUAUACACACACACACAUACAUAUAUGAGUAUAUGCAACAACAAAAAGCGUAUGCGUAGAGGGAGAGGGAGAGUCGAGGAGGAGUUUAUCAACGUGUAGCCUAACGGUAAUUUAAAUUCGCAUUAAACCCUAGCAUAAAUACCAACAAUUUCUUCUGUGACACUCAACUAUUUCGAGAUGGAAGCGUAAGCAAACACAAACACAAACACACUUUAAAACACAAACCGCAUAUCGUACUAAAGAAAUUAUAUA